AUGCACGCCUUCUCCCUCCUCGCUCUUGCCGCCUCGGCCAUGCUGGUCUCUGCCGCCCCCUGGGAGCAGCCCAGCCAGCCUCAGCCGUGGCAGCCAUCCCCGCCCCAGCAACAGCAACCCCCUCAGGGAGGCAGCUCGGGGAAUCAGCAGCAGUGCGGCCAGAACCAGCAGCAAGCUUGCUGUGAUUCCGAGGACAAUGCCCCGGCUCUCGGAUCUUCCUGCUCGCUUUCGCUGUUGAGCGAUAUCCUGGGUGGUGGUACUUGCAGCGGCAGUGUUCAAUGCUGCCAGCUCAACGAGGACGACUCCAUCAGCCUCGUCGACCUCUGCGUUCCCAUCCAGUUGUGA